AUGGUGAAUCCCGAACAUCUUACCGAGGCUACCAAUGAUGCGGAGGACAAGGAGAACGCCACGACAGCAUUGCAAGGACCUAACGAAGCUAUACCCAUUGAAGAUCGGUCCAGAGCCAGAAACAGGAAAAGUGAUUUAAUUUACGGUAUACAGCAUGCACCACCCAUUUACCUCUGUGUCAUUCUUGGGCUUCAGGACAUUCUCUGGACGGCACGCCUGGCUCAGGCAUCAGCGAACCCAUGCCCUGCGGGGAGUGGCAGUGAAGCUCACGAGCUACACGUGCGCCAGGUUGUUUACCCGACGAGCGAACUUGGUCCGGCACCAACAGACGCACGGGCAAAAGAACGAACCUACCCAUGUGUAAAACACGCUGAAGCAGCAGCGACGACAACAACCAGCACUCCAGCCCCGACUUCACCAGUCUUACCAGCAGACACACUGCCUCCCCGCAGCAGCAACAACAGCGACGACACCCCCAACACCGCCCCCGGUCACACCCGCACCACGGAACGAAGGCAGCUCGAGCAGCGGGGUCGUAGCAAGUCCAGAGAAGGACGAGUGGAAGAAGAAGAAAAAUUGGAAGAUUCGACGACUCGUCUGGCCGAAAAAUGGCUACACUGGCAGUCGCACCAGCUUGGGGUACCCAUCCGCCACCGGCUCAACCACACGGAGAAACGUAUCGGUGAUAGUCAACUCACGGUAGACGGGUUGCCCACAUCGACGGCCGUCCCACCGUCUUCCAGUUCCACGGCUGCUAUUACCACUACCAUGGGUAUCACCAGAAUCACCCACGCCAAGAACGAGGUUUAUACACGCCCACCUAGAAAACUUUGGUGCGUAGAGGCCGACCCAAGCGUACAUGAGAGAACGUUGAUGCAGCAAGGGCUGGACCCCGCUGUAAGCCGCUGGGCUGUCGGGCUCAUAGUACAACGCAUAGAGAGUCAAGGGCGCUGCCUGCGAGAGUGCUCUGACCUCGCCUCCUCCGCCGCCGCCACUGCUGCUGUCGAGGAUGCUGGCGGCCGACGUUUUUCUGCUCUGUCAUUCCAGCAACUGCUGAUGGCUCUGGCUGGGGCUCUUUCAUUGUCCAUGACCCUCGCUGAGGUGAUUUGCGCACGCGUGUCUGACAACAUCCGCUCUACCAUCUUUUCCUCCACGCUAUUCAUGUGUGGGUUGUGCACCAUCUUGCAGUCAGCAAUAGGCGUCAGACUGCCAAUAUUCCAGGGUGCCUCUAACAGUUUCCUCCUGCCUUUGCUGGCGCUGAGAUCUGUUCCCAGCUGGCAGUGCGCCGUGGUGAGGAGUCCGGUUUCAGGUUUUAAUUCAUCUUUUCAUAAUGUAUCGUCAAAUGAAAUGUCCGAUGAUACAGUUCACGAGACAGCAAUGUUGUGGAAACUCCGACAACUACAGGGCAGUUUGGUGGUGACCUCCUUUCUACAGUUCCUGCUCGGCAUCACCGGGACUCUCGGCUUCCUGAUGAGAUUCAUCGGUCCUAUCACAGUCGUACCUACCAUAUCCCUCAUAGGACUGUCCCUGUUUAAAGUGGUCCUUCUAUACGCCCCAACCCAGUGGGGUAUCACAAUACUAACUAUCGGAUUGAUCAUAGUAUUCACCAUUUUCAUGAAGGAGAUCCACGUCCCUCUGCCGUCCUACACCAGACAGACAGGCUGUACAAUGACACGUUUCCCGCUAUUUAAGGUGUUUCCGAUAAUCCUCAGCGUUAUGAUUGUCUGGUUUUUGUGUUACGUUCUCACAAUGACCAACGUUUUCCCACCAGAUAAACUUCACCCUAGCUAUUUCGCCAGGACUGAUGUUAGAAAACAACUCCUGCGGACUUCACCCUGGGUGUACUUCCCAUAUCCAGGACAGUAUGGUACCCCGUCCUUCAACGCAGGAGCGUUCAUCGGAAUGAUAGCGGCAACUAUAGCGUCCACGCUGGAAUCAAUAGGAGAUUACUACGCAUGUGCGAAAGUUUGUUACGUACCUCCUCCCCCAAAACACGCGAUAAACCGCGGGAUAGCCUUAGAGGGGUUCGGCUCGAUGAUUUCCGGUCUGCUUGGCACAGCUCAUGGUACAACUUCGUACAGUGGAAACAUAGGAGCCAUUGGUAUAACAAAAGUGGCAAGUCGCCGAGUGUUUUAUGUGGCCGGAGUGUUGACCAUCAUCUUGUCCAUCAUCGGGAAAGUCGCCGCUGUUCUGGUCAGCAUACCACAUCCUAUACUCGGCGGCGUACAGUCAGUCAUCUUCGGUAUCUUGGCAGCCAUCGGUCUGUCUGGCCUUCAGUUUGUCGAUUUGUCUUCGUCUCGUAAUCUUAUCAUUGUUGGCAUAUCCAUGUUCCUGGGCUUACUGUUACCAGAAUGGAUAUCCAGAUCACCGAGAGCUAUCAACUCAGGUAACGCUCAGUUUGAUCAAGUUCUGACUGUGUUCCUAGGAACACCGAUGUUCAUAGGCGGUGUAAUUGCCUUAAUUCUGGAUAACGUUGCUCCAGGUACGAUAGAGGAGCGAGGUCUUCACGCCUGGCAGACUGUGUCAGAAGAUUCCGCUAGAUUCAUCACUGUCUAUGAUCUCCCCAUGUGGAUAACAAAUGUAGUUAACAGGUUUAAAGUUUCUAGAUAUUUGCCAUUCUUGCCUGUCCAGAGGUCUCCUGAGCAAAAUAAAGACUAUAAUGAAUGA